GGUGGUAUGGAUCUAGAGUUUCUGGGUUUGAUUUUUAGAGGAGAUAUGAGUGUUCUUUGUUCUUCAAUUUUUGGGUUUUGGGUUGGAGGCUGAGAGCUUUGGGUCCUUUAAUGUUUGUCAGGUGGUGGGGGACGCAAGUUAGAAAUCCAUGAUGUUCAGGCAAUCACCUCGGAGGAACCAGAGAUCCAAAGGUUUUAAGGUAAAGCAUGCGGUGCAGAUAUGUCUUUUGCUUGGAAUCUGCAUCUGGCUGAUUUACCAAGUCAAGAGCUCCUAUGAGAAGAAGGCAGCAUUUGAUAAAAGUGCACAAAACUCAGGGAAGGUACAGAAUGUCAAUGAGAUCCCGAAGUUGGGGAGGAAGGACCUCAAUCCUCAAUUGGAGGAAAGGGGCAUUAAAGAUGAUAUGCAAAGGGGGGAAGAGGAGGAAGAAGAAAACAGGACUGAGGAAGAACCAAGCAAGCCUGAAGAGAAUGAGGAUAUAGGAAAAGGGGGUGGGGAUGAUGAGGUACAUGAAGGUGAUGAAGGGAAAACUGAAGAGGACGCUGAGAAUAAAGGUGAUUCUGUGGAUGGAGAGAAGGAGGGGGAGGACAGAAAAAAGGAGGGUGAAGAGACUGAAAGUAAAGGGGAGGAGAAUGAAGAGAGCAGGGAGAAGGAAACCAAAGAGGAGGAGAGUGAAGAUGGCCAACAAAAGGAAAUGAGAGAUGAGGACAGUGAAGAGAACAAAGAGAAGGAAGCCACAGUGGAGGAUAGUGAAGUGAGUAAAGAGAAUGAAAAACAAGAGGAGAGUGAAGAGAACAAAGAGAAUGAAAAACAAGAGGAGAGUGAAGAGAACAAAGAGAAGGAGAGUGACGAGAAGGAGAAUGAAAAUAAGGAAACCAAAGAGGAAGAAGGCAGUGAGGAAAAAAAUAUGGAAGGGAACGAAGGUUCAUCAGAGGAUCAGGCAAAUGAUGCACAUGACAGCAACAAUGAGGGCGCAAGAGAGGAACAUUACAAGGGGGAUGACGCUUCCAGUGAAGUGGCCCAUGAAGCUCAACAUACAACAACAGGAACUGAGAAUGAUGCUUCAGAGAACUCGAAUGAGGAUCAGCCAGACAACAAAAAUACUGAUGGAACAGAGCAGGAGAAUACAGCCAAUGGCACUGAGGGUUCGGAAGUCAACCAAAAUGUGGCAGUUGACGAGAACAAUGCUUCAAUUGUGAAGUCCAAUGAAGAGAGUGCAUCGGAAGAUGGCUCCAGUGCUACUUUGACAACCAAAGAAUCUAAUGAAGAGCAGCAGGUCUACACAGAUUCUACAACAGUCAUUGCAGAAACAGUAGAUAAUCCAAAUCCUCAAGGAGAUGAAUCAACCCUGAAAACUGUUGUAAUGGCACAAUCGGAGGAAUCCAAGACAGCUUCCAAUGGCGAGAAUCCCACCACCACAGAGAAUCCAGAGGCAGCUAACGGAGAACCCUCUACGGAUGAAAAUUCUACAACUUCAACCAACGAGCAUGAUGAUGCAAGUCACAGCAAGACUGACACUAAUUCUGAAACAGAAGGAGCAGAAGAGAGUACUACAUCCUCCAAUAGAAGUGGGGACGAAGAUGCAAACAAGGAAGAACCAGCUGAUUCUUCAAAUUCCCAAGAAGAGGCAUCCUCAAACACAAAUGCCAAUGAGCAUGAUGAUGCAAGUCACAGCAGGACUGACGCUAAUUAUGGAACAGAAGGAGCAGAAGAGAGCACUACAUCCUCCAACAAAAAUGGAGAUGAAGAUGCAAACAAGAAAGAACCAGCUGAUUCUUCAAAUUCCCAAGAAGAGGCAUCCUCAAACACGAAUGCCAAUGACAAUUCAGGCCAAAAUCAGAAUGAAGACUCUGUUCAGGGUGAAAAAUCCGACAGCAAUUCUGGAACAGAGGGGACAGACGAAAAGGUCAUAUCCUUGAAGACUGAUGAAAAUACUGAUGCAGACCAAAAAGAAGCAGUCGAUUCCUCUAAUUCUUCGAGCACCCAGGGAGAGGAGGCAGCGUCAGAGGCAAAUAACAAUGCUGAUGCAGGGCAGAAUGAUUCGGGUGAUUCUUCCAUCCCUCAAGAAGAAAAAGAGGCUCGCACAGAUCUGGGGACUUUGCCAGAGAUGAGUACCCAAAGUACUAACAGUGAAGAUACAGCUGCAGAGUGACAUUCCUUUAUUAAUUUGUUGUGGAUUAAGCUCUCUCUUUUCUCUUUUUCUUUCUUUCUUUUGGGGGUCAAUUCUUGAUUUGUCAAGAUAAAUAAAAAUAGCGUAGUAAGGUUUUUGCUUCCAUAGUUGUAUUGCUCUUCAUGAUAUGGAGCUAGUGUAUGAAUAUCUUCUCAACUCUGUGAGGCCAGAAAAUGUUGAGAAGUUGAAGAAUCGAAUUAUCUUUUAUAUCAUUUUAUGUAUAGCCCACACUGAGACCUUGAGUUUGCAAUGGAGUGUCAUGGAACAGACAAAAGCCUGUCUCCUUUCGCCU